AAAUGCGUGAAUUUAUCGUCUUAGCUCUGCUGGCGACAGCCAAUGCAGGUGAGAGCGGAUAUAACUACGGAGCGAAGCAUAGUGGAGUCUCUCUGACUGGUGGCUCAUCUACAGACUAUGCGCCCAACAGCCAAUCAGAUUACAUCAAUACAGAGUUCAAUAAAGAGUUCUUCACCUUCACAGCACCUGAAGCUGAUUUCGAGGAUAGUAGAAGCGUCGACGACUUAGCUGCAUCACUGAAGCGCAAUCUACGCGUGCUCUUCAUCCGUGCACCUGAGAAUAAGGGACUGGAGAACGCUGCAUUGCAACUGGCCAAACAGUCGGCAGAGCAACAGACUGCCAUAUAUGUGCUGACCAAGCAGGGCGAUCUCUCCAGUCUUGCCAACAGGCUGCAGAACCUCAACCACAUGAAUGCCAAGAAACCCGAGGUGCACUUUGUCAAAUAUCGCACUCCCGAGGACGCGAUAAAUGCACAGCGCACCAUUCAGCAGGAAUACGAUCGCUUGGGCGGCUCCUCCACCUCUCACAACCCUGGCAUUGCGCCCGUGCUAGACUUUGCCACCAAGCCGGAUGGGCAACGAAAUCAACAGCCACUGCAGCUGGAUGAGCGCAGAGGAGACAUUAGCAUUGAUGCUAUUGGUGGCAAUGGUAGCGUGGGCUCUGUUGUCGCCGAACUGGAAGCACCCGCUGAAUACUUAGCACCAGCAGCUGCGCCACCUAGUGCCAACUAUUUGCCUGUGAAAAAUGCCUAGUGGGCGG